UAUUGGGACGUUUACUGUCACCUUGUGUGCCUUUCAACAAACUUUACAAUACUGUGUUUUGUCCCUUCAUAGCCAAAGGCUGUGUGCUUUAGGAGCGACAUCCACAGACUGCUGCUGGCUGCUGAAGCUGUUCAGAAGGCUGAUACCCUGACCUACUCCUCGGGUCAUCUUGGGCCCCGCAGCAUGAACCAGAGUCAGCCUCACAGGGAGACAAAGCAGUCUUUCUGGAGGAUGUCUCGGGGCCGAGAAGAAAACCCAAACCCUCUGACAUGCCAGCCGACACGGACAAAGGCGCUGACCUAUAUAAAGAAGAAAGAGAUGAAAAAGUUCCCCUUUGAGUUCUCCACUGACACUGCUUUAGUAGAGUCUGAUGUCUCGGGGUCAAGACAAGGCCAGGCUUCUGAUUGCUCAUCACAUGCAGGCAAAACGGAAGAUACAUGUCUACCUAAGAUGGCUUCCUGUUCCUCAAACUCUCUGCCGCUCCAGCCGAGAGCCUUGUCCCGGAAAAAGUCGAACUCUUCAUCUGAUCUGGUGGGGAAACAGCGUUCUGACCUCAAGGGCCCGAGUAAUAAAGGCCAGUUAAAGACAAAACAACUUGUUGGCAGGCAAGUCAUAGCCAAGCAGGACCUCUGGGCUGGAAUAAAUGUUGCUGAAAUGCAUGAGAGGAAACUACAAAAGGAGCUGAGGAGGUUGUCAGCGCAAAGCUGGCCCGACAGAGACCGCCUUGCGGUGUUCAGUGACGUCUUUGAUGAUGUAUGUGAGGGCUCGCCAGUAUUUGGACGCAUCCUGAGGGAAAUUAAGACAGAUUAUGAUUUGUAUGUCAACCACUUGAUGGCUUCCCAAUCAUUGCUACACGACAUGUCGCUGGAGACUUCACUCAAAGAUCUUGGCAAUGACAAAGUAAGGCAAAUGGAGUUGGAGGAUGCUGAAAAAGAGGUUUUAAGGCUGGAGCAGGAGGCCAAGAGAGCUCUAGAGGAGAAUAAACGAGUCCGAAAUGAAUCACGGAAUGUUCCAGCUAUCAUGGGCCCAGAGGACAGUGACAUGACGAAUACACCUCUGUCAGGGCUGCAUGACAGAGGAACUGCCAUCGGCCACACCAGCAGUGUCCAAUCCAAGAGGCUUCAGGUGUCGAACACGUGGCGGGAGAACCAACAGCUGGAGGAGGAGCUUAAGGAGAAGCCAGUGUCCUCUGUUACAACCGCGGCCACGGGACGAUGCAUCAAAGACCUAAAGACAGAGAUAAUAAGACUGAUAGCCUCAAAUGACCGUCUGAAGACCACCAACAAGGAUUUGGAAAACAACACCAACAUGGUGCUGAACAGAGAGAAAGCAAGCAAGGCCAUGAGACGGACGUUGUGGGACGAAAUAUAUUGUGAUCUACAAACAGAGAGUGGAUAG